AUGGCAUCAUUUUUGAAUCAAAGCAUAUCACGUGGACAAAAAUUGGUUAUGAUGACUAUGAACACUGAAACUUUAGAAAGUAAUGAACAAGAUGUUUUAUCUACAAUUUACAAUAUUAACUGCAAUCUACAAGAUGAUAGUGAACUAGACAGAAAUAAAUCUUCUCAUACAUACCUUAAUAAAUCGUUAGAUACUCCGACAAACAGUAAUAAUAAAAGUCAUAUGGAGUACUCUGUUCUACAUAUUCAAGAUGAUACUUGUCAGGAGCUUACGAGAUAUAAUAUGGACGAAAAAACUUACAGUGUUCUAGAUCCUGUAUUUUACAAUGACCAAAAUAUCUUACAUGACCAAGCACACGAAAAUAUACAAAUUGAAAUCAUCGAUCAACGUUAUGAUUUUAGUCCAGAUAAAAUCAAUGAAAUCACUAAUAAGCAUAAUACGAAUAUACUGCAAAAAACCAACAACAACAGUGAUGGAUAUUUAGUUAUAGAAGACCAAAAUCUAGAAGGAAACUAUUCACUGAAAAUUAAUGGAUCUGUAGACCAUACACGACCAGAGGAAUGCGAAGGUGAAUCAAACUGUCAAGAUGACCUAAAUGAAAUAGAAUAUAUUGAAGGACACCGUGACUUAGAAGAAAAUGAAAAUGAAAGUGAAAAUUCAGUGACCAAUUCUCCCAUUAAUAAAAAAAGAAGAAAAGGGUUCAACCCAGGAAGUUGGAAAAGAAAUGUGACAAAAAAUAAAAGAAUGUGCGGCGAACAAUACAUCGGCUAUCAAAGAUCUACUACCGGUGAAUGUACUUCAAUAGACCCAACCGUAGUAUCUAAAAUUUGGAAACACAUUUGUUAUGAGGUAACACUCAUUCGACCAGAAACGUUAAGUGAAAUGUUGAAACAAUUUAAGAACCGCCUUGGAGAAUGCCAAGAAUUAAAAGAAUGCACUUUCAACAAAAAAUUGAAUUCUUAG